AUGGGAGCAGUUGCUGGAUACCUCUUCCAGGACUUGAGCCAGCUCCAGGAGACUUGGCUGACAGAAGCUCAGGUUCCAGACAGUGAUGAGCAAUUUGUGCCUGACUUUCAUUCAGAAAACUUAGCUUUUCACAGUCCUCCUGCUAAGAUUAAAAAGGAGCCGCAGAGUCCCUCCUUGGACCCCACACUGUCCUGUAACCAUAAGCAGCCAUUCCAGUACCACAAUGGCGAGCAGUGCCUUUAUGCCAGUGCCUAUGAUCAGCCCAGACAAGUUGGAAUCAAGUCCCCCAACCCAGGAACCCCGAUACAGUCACCACUCCAACAGUUUCCUAGACAGGACAGGAGCUUCCUGACCCCUGCGGGGCCACCCCACCCCACGUCCAGCUGUGGAUACCUCAAUGAAAACAGCUCUGCGUACCAGCCACCUGUGGAGAUGUGCCGUUCCUUCCCCUCCCAGGGCAUGGCCCAGGAAGACCCCAUUGCCUACCAGCGUCAGAUGUCUGAGCCCUGCCUCCAGUACCCUCAUCAGGGCUUCAAACAGGAGUACCAUGACCUGCGGUAUGAGCAAGCAAGCCGAGCAGGCAGCAGCAGUCAGUACCCAGCAGCUGUGGUGAUCAAGCAGGAGCAGGUGGACUAUGUGUAUGACUCAGAUGUACCUGGCUGCCCUUCCAUGUACAUAAAUGUUGAGAGUUAUCCAAGCCAUUCAAAUACAGAAGAUACAUUAGGCUGCAGCUAUGACAAGCAGAUGAGGUCCUUUACUGAUGAUGUCUGUGUUGUUCCAGAAAAAUAUGAAGGAGACAUCAAGCAGGAAGCCGGAGGGUACCGGGAAGGACCUCCAUACCAGAGACGGGGAUCUCUCCAGCUCUGGCAAUUUCUUGUGGCUUUAUUGGACGAUCCGACCAAUUCCCACUUCAUUGCCUGGACUGGUAGAGGGAUGGAGUUCAAGCUCAUUGAGCCAGAAGAGGUAGCCAGGCUGUGGGGUAUCCAAAAGAACCGUCCAGCCAUGAACUAUGACAAAUUGAGCCGAUCCCUUCGCUACUAUUAUGAGAAAGGCAUCAUGCAGAAGGUGGCUGGAGAGCGCUACGUGUACAAGUUUGUGUGUGAGCCUGAAGCCUUGUUCUCUCUGGCCUUCCCUGAUAACCAGCGGCCAACUCUGAAGGCAGAGCUUGACCGGCAGAUCAGUGAGGAGGACACAGUACCUCUUUCUCACCUGGAUGAGAAUGCCACUUAUCUGCCGGACCUUGGGAGCCUCCCUCCACAGCUUUACAACAAAGGCUACGCAUACUAG